AUGGAGUCCGGUAAUAGUAGUAGCAUGCAAUCUUCAAGCGGCGGAGGAGGAGGAGGAGGGGAAGAAGAGUACGAUUCACGCGCCGCGGAUCAAUCCAUUUCCGCCUUCUUCGACCACCACAACCACCACGUGUCCUCUCUUCCUCCGCCUCAACAAAACCACCUCAACCUCCUCCACUUCGACCACAACAACAACAACUCCCUAAUACCACCAGACUACUUCAACAACAACAACACGUUCUUACAAAUAAACCAACAACCCGACCCGAUACAUCAACCCGACCUCCGAACCUUCUCCGCCACGUCAUCGCUCCCUCCUCCUAACAAAAUAGGAGUAACCAAGAAAACCAAGAAAAGAUCCCGAGCAUCAAGAAGAGCACCAACGACGAUUCUAACGACGGACACUUCUAACUUCCGAGCAAUGGUUCAAGAGUUCACCGGGAUUCCAGCUCCGCCGCUAUUCAACAACAACUCCGUCGUGAACACCACACGCCUCAACACUUUCCUUGGCUUGUCUUCUUCCUCACCAAACUCUUACAAUAACAACAAUCUCUUGUUACGACCUUUCGCUCAAAAACUCCUCCCAACGUCUCCUCUCUUAUCCGGAUCACAGAUUCAACAAUAUCAAAACCCUAAUGGCAGUUUCGAGAAUAUGAAUCUACAGUCUCUUCUUCAAGCUCAGAUUUCAAACAUUACUUCAAACCCUAGAAGCAAUGAUCACGAUCAGUUUGGUCUUGGUAUGUUGCAGAUUCCAUCUACUACUCCUCCGGCGACGACGACGGCGACUAACGGGAACAUAACCACCGGUGAAAAUGGAAGUUUGGGUGGCUCCGAUCAUGAUCAUAAUAAUGACGGUACUUGGUUAUGCUCAUCUUCCGACCAAAGAACAUAA